AUGCCUCAAGACCCUGGCAGCGUCUGGAGAGUCAACAGCCAGACGCAAGCACUAAACUUUAUUAACUCUGGGCUUCACGCUCUGUCUAAGGACAAUCUGGCUCCUCAGUUUGUAAGAGAACUGGGUAAAAAUGAGGGACGUGGAGUGCUCAUAAUCCAGGAGUUGCUGGACCUCACGUACUCAAACGACGCCGGCAGACGCCGUGACGUCGUGUCAUUUCAACGAGGUCUCGUGCCGUUUGUGACCAUGUUGACCAUGCGACGCAUGGAGAUGGUGAGUCAGCACAUGGAUGAAGCGAACUACGUCUACGCGUACUUGCGUACAGCCCACGUGCAGCUAUUUCGACUGUAUUUGGAGCAUUUGGAGCAGAUUGUAGAGCGCCACAGUACUGAGGACAGCGUGGUGACACACACGAGCUUCCUUCGUGAAGCCGAAGGUCGAAAACACGCUCCAUUGUGCUUCACGCAGGUCUGUCUGCCGAUAAUCCGGCUACUGUACUUGUUGGGCAACAAGUUUAAGGAUUUUAUCUACGAAGACGCUUUUCGAGAGACUGUCAGCUAUAUCGACGCAUUGACGACCGAGUGGAUUGAUGCUAGUCAAGAGAAUGAGUCCUCCCUUGACUCAGCCUUGUGCUUUAAGGUCAUGAGAGAAGAGAUCAAGAGGCUGCACAAGAUGAUCCGACGUGGAGAGCGUGGUAUUGAGGCUGGUGUAGCGAUGAGAAGAGAAGCAGAACGGAGACUAACUCGAGGCUACGAGGAGCCGGAGCCUUGGGACGUUAUCGAAGUGGGCAUUCCAGGCGAAGCAGAGCUAGCUGACGGCACGGUUGGUCCACGUCACGACAAUGACCAUCGCGACAUUUGUGAUAUUCAACUUUUACCAACAACCGCGGAAUGUUUGUCAUGUGAGAUGCCGUUGCUGCCCGGUAACUAUCCAUUUCAUGAAAAUGCCCAUUGGUUACCGCCAGGACCCGAGCGAUGGGUGGACACGCACUUCCGACUGUACCGCGAAGAUCUGUGUGGCACUAUUCGAUCUUGUCUGCAGGACCUUGGAUACCGACUGUCCGAAAGUGGAGGCAAUCUUGCUGCCGGUCGACUGAGAGAUGCCGACGUGGACUACAAUGUGUACCCGAUCGUUAAGACUGCCAUGCCGCUAAGACACACGGAGAGUCGAGGCGAGCGAGAUCGAAGCCGUCGAUUCGAGCGUCAUGGCCUCUGCGUCGACGUCCUAUUCCCACAACCAUCAGCAGGCGAGAUGACUGGGAGAACGAAGACGAAGAAAAAGACUGACACUAGAAGCCGAAAGGAGCUGUGGGAGAAGACCGGCCGACUGCCCUUUAACGGCAUGGUAGCACUCGUCGCAUACGUUGAUAGUACCUUGCAAGUGGUGUUUUGUCAGAUCGUGGAGCGUGACCUGGAGCGACUUGUUAAGGACGUUGUGGAGGUGACUCUGCAGCCAUUUGAGCUCCAAGACUUUGCAACAGUCGAGCAGUGGCAACAGUCAACAGCUGCACGAGGAAAUGAACAGCGUAUAUUGCUGUUGGAGUUCAACAAGGUUUUCCUCGUCGCUUAUGAGCCAGUGCUUCGUGCACUGCAAACACUCGAGCCAGCUACCUUGCCAUUUCUGGAGUAUUUAGCUCCCGAGACUGCACCAGUACCCGGAGCCACUCGUAUGGAGUCUCCCAUGUACUGCUUGACCAAUGGCUUCACUUUUGAUCUCAGCUCGGUGGUACGCCGAUAUCCUGGUCAAACUAUUGGUCGGCCGCAGUCUUUGCGUUUGAAUCCGCUUCAUCAAAACUCUCGCGAGUUAUGUGAAGCUGCGUUGGUACGGUACUCUACUCUGGAGCGGGACCAAGCCAAGGCGUUGGUGGAAGCGCUGAGCAGUCGUGUUGCGUGCAUUCAAGGUCUGCCUGGCAGUGGCAAAUCGCUCAUCGGAUCCAUGCUCACGCAGAUUAUAGUGGAGGCUCAAGUCUCGCCCGUGUUGGUUGUUUGUUACACAAACCACGCACUGGACCAGUUUUUGUGCCAUCUUCUGGAUAUCGGGAUAACGAGUCUCGUACGUAUCGGAGGGCAAUGCAAGGAACCACGACUAGAGAAAUACAAUCUCAACAACCUGUUCAAGACAUAUCAGCGUUACGAAUUAAAGCUUCUGUACGGGAAACUCGACGAAAACGCAGACGCCAUCGCGCUAGCGCUACGAGAGCUGAACUCGCAGACACGUCGACCAACGUGGAAGACGUUGAAAUGGUUCCUGGAGACCAAUUACCCCGACAUAUAUGAUCAUUUCGCUGAUCGCAACGCUGAGCUGUUCGAGGAUGGCUGGGAGAUUGCUGGCUACGAUGAUAUCUUGGACUAUUGGAUCCAGGGAGAGGAUCUCGGUAUUUCUCAGCGUGGUCCUCGUCAGGGUGGAUGGACGAGAGAUUCGAAUGUGUGGAUGUGGAGUCUUGCAAAGCGUCGUGGGGCAUUAGCACAAUGGGUUGGGGUCUUGCGAACUGGACGCGUGGAAGAGCUGAUCGCAGCUCAGAAGGCUUACUGGGCAACGAUGAAGAAGAUUGAGACACUAAGACAGCAAGCAGAUGUAGAAGUACUUAAGCGAGUGCAGAUCAUCGGUAUGACCACGACCGGAGUCGCGAAAAACCAGAAGAAGAUCGCGGCUGUGGCAUCUCCCGUGGUGAUCUGCGAAGAAGCGGGAGAAGUACUUGAGGCGCAGCUUAUGGCGUGUCUGUCUCCGUCCUGUCAGCAGCUUGUGCUUAUUGGCGACCACAAGCAACUACGACCUCACAUUGCCGACUAUAAUCUCAGUGUGGAGAGUGCUGCUGGCAAGCGGUUUGCUCUCGACGUGUCUCUGUUUGAGCGCCUAGUUGGGCCGACGUCUGGCUUACCUUUCUGGAUGUUGACGGAGCAACACCGUAUGCGUCCGCAGAUCUCUCAGUUGAUACGAAUGCUGUUCUAUCCUGAAGUUCGAGAUGCUCGUGAGACGUUGGAAUACCCUCCUCUCUUAGGUGUGGACAAGAACGUGUUCUUUGUGAGCCACAGUCACCCUGAAGACGGCGCGUCUGCAGUCUUGGGGGCAUCCGCUCGCUCUCAUUCCAAUGAAUAUGAAGUUGCAUACCUCGUUGCAGCUCUGAGAUAUCUACUGCAACAAGGCUACCAUACCAGUGAUAUUGCGAUCCUCACGCCUUAUGUCGGUCAGCUCAUGAAGCUUCGAUCUGCUUUGCGAGGGCAGUUUAUAUUAGAGCUGAACGAACUCGAUUUGGAGGAAAUUCAACGCACUUUUGACGAUGACGAAGACGACGACACGGAGGAGACUGGACACGAUAGCUCUGCUGCCUUAGGAGCGACUAAGAAGGAGCUAUCCGGUGCUAUUCGUGCCGCUACUAUCGACAAUUUUCAAGGGGAAGAAGCCACUGUUAUAUUGGCGAGUCUGGUGCGUAGCAGCACGAACGUUCACGGCCGAGGAACGAUUGGAUUUCUGAAAACUCCGAAUCGAAUUAACGUCCUUCUCUCCAGAGCGAAGCAUGGAUUGAUCCUUGUGGGUCAUGGCGAGUUGCUACGUGCAAAGUCUCCACUGUGGCAAAAAGUGCUCGACCAACUGCAAAGCGAUGGCUGCUAUGGCAAAGGGCUGCCCUUACACUGCCAACAACACCCAGACUACCAACGUAUCGCGGCGAACCCGUCCUCAUUUGCUUUGCUAGCCCCCGAUGGAGGCUGUUUACGUCCUUGUGGAAGAAGAUUACCACGUUGUGGACACGCGUGUCCGAAGUUAUGUCACGUGGAUCAACCGUCUCACAGAGCUGUCUACUGCACACAGCCAUGUCCACGACUCCAAGAAGGUUGCGGACACGUGUGUCCUGGCGUCUGCGGUGACGCAUGUGGACGAUGCGAAGUGCUGGUGGGCUCGAUUGCUCUUCCUUGUGGCCACACUUACAGGAACGCGCGGUGCUUUGAGGCCAAGAUGCCCUCAAAGCUGAAGUGCAAAGCUCCAGUGGACAAGCUCGUUCCUGAAUGUGGACACCUGCAGCGUGUUACCUGUAGCACUACCAAGGUCAAGUGCACGCAUAAAUGCGGCGCGGUACUUCCCUGUGGCCACCCUUGCUCUCGUAAAUGUAGUGACUGUGUUGCAGACACGUUAAAGGCUCGUGAGGGAGAGCCUGAGCCGGACUACCCGAUCAAACCCACUGAACACGGCGCGUGCCAAAAAGUGUGUGAGCGAUUGCUGCCGUGCUGCCACAGAUGUCGAGGAAUUUGCCAUGGAGCAGCGCUCUGCCCACCAUGUCAAGGUAUAUGUGACGUGUUCAGCUGCGAACAUGGGUCUUGCAAUCAUCCGUGCAGUGAUCCGUGUGCUGCAUGUACUGAACGGUGCAGUUGGAGCUGCAAGCACAGUGGUGAAUGCUCUCUACCCUGUGGCGCUCCAUGCAACCGGCGUCUAUGCGAUCUUCGAUGCACGAAGGCGCUCACAUGUGGUCACCAGUGUCCAAGUGUCUGCGGAGAAGACUGCCCUUCACGCGAGUUUUGUCAUAUCUGUGGGGAUGACGACGUGAAACAACGUGUGGCUGACGUGAUUCUCUUCCAGACAUAUGGAGAAAUUGAUCCGUCAGAAGACCCUGUUCUGGUCCUUCCGUGCUGUUCAAUGGUCUACACGAUGGCUACACUUGAUGGCACACUUGAAAUGAGCACGUACUACGACAGCAAUGGGAAACCUGUUGGUCCGCUUCCUAGGGGGUAUAUCGAUACACCUCAGUGUCCGAACUGUAAGAAGCCGAUCCGUGGACUCCGUCGCUAUGGUCGCGUAACCAAAAGAGCCGCGAUCGAUGCCGCUGAAAAGAAUUUUAUUACUCACUCUCUGCGUCAGAUUAAGUCACUUCAAGAGCGUGCAAACGCAGUGAUUGAGACUGGAGAUCUGACUCGCGAUAAAACGUUGCGGCACGACCUUCGUAUGUUUGGCGCAGCCGUGGCAAGACCACCCUGUCAGAAAGCAUUUGAGGCGUGUGUGGCUCUGCUGACGAAGGCCAGAGGAGGCCAAGGUGGUGGAGAUGUGACCAUUGAUCUGAGUAUGCUUCCCGUACCCAACUCAAAGUUUCCGUAUCGUGGAUUCUUCUUCCAUCUCUCUGCGCAGCUCUCACAGUUAUCUACUGGUGUAGGCAAAAAGGAAUCAUCGCGAUAUGCACGACAGGCGGUUGACGAGUUUGAGAAAGGGUCUUUUUCAAUGCAAGCAGGAGAAGCGCGACUCGUGCUGGUGCAGACUCUACUCGCGAAUGCACAAGAAGAACUAAGCACGUCAGUGAGAACGGAGAAGGAGCGUAAAGCACGCGAGGAAGUAGUGACGCGGGUCGCACGUGAGGUGCAUGAUGUGCUUAUUAACCUGGAGGCGAGUGCUGCAUCCUUUUUGACCAAGUAUGGAGAAGACGUGCGCCAUCUUCGCCAAAAAUUGGCUAGCGUUGUCCAGCGCGCGAGGAGUAGUACAUUUUAUCAAGAGGUGUCGGUGGACGAGAUGCGAGCAAUCAAGACAGCAAUGCAAGCGGAAUUUCGAGGCUCGGGUCACUGGUACCGUUGUGAGAAUGGACACUCGUACUCAAUUGGAGAGUGUGGAAUGGCAAUGGAAGAAACCCACUGCCCGGAAUGUGGAGCUCGUGUGGGCGGACAAGAUCACAGGUUGGUUCAAGGAUCUAGCCACGACUCACAAAUGGAUAGGCUCUAG